AUGGACUACAACUGGGAUUUAUGGCGAAAACUUCAAAAUGGUACAUAUAUUGAAGACAAAUAUUUUGCUAAUCCAGCAAAUCAACCAAAAUCUGCUGCAAUCUUCUUUAGAAAAGAGUCGAUACCAGAGGGACACUAUUUGCUUCGAAUGGUUGUUAAUCUGACAGAUUCUGGUCAAUUUUUGGAGGACGAAAUGUAUGUGGAAUUUAAAUUACCGCCUAUUGUAACAGGUAUUCAAGGAGGCUCAGUAAGAUAUGUUAACAAAGAUAACGAUUUGGUUAUAGAUGCUGGUCCUGUAACAUAUGAUAAAGUACACAAAUACAAAAGUGUACCUUUUAACUAUGAAUGGUUCUGUCGCAAAGGUCUUAACCAGUCACAAGUGGACGCAGUUCUUGGGAAAUUUGGGUUACCGGUAGCUCCAGAAAUUAUAACCCUUGGAACAAGUUGCAAUGAACCUUCAUGGGGAGCAAAAUGGACAAUUCCAUCUGGAAACCUUAGUUUAGAUACGUGGUAUUUAUUACAUGUAAAAACCAAGAAAAUAACAAACAUAAUGAAUGAGGGAUUAUUAGGAAGCGCAGACACUAUCAGAUCAGCAACUGCUCUUCAAGCUGUAAAAGUGCAAAUUGGGGACGCCCCAACGAUUAACAUACUAUGCAGAAAGAACUGUCUACCAAAAUUAUCCCUAAAUUCUUUACUGAUCCUUAAUGCAGAUUGUCCAGAAUGUAGCUUAUCAGACACCAAGUACGAGUGGUCAAUACUCGUGUUCAACCACACAACAGAAGUAUUCGAUAGUUUGAAUUCUGUACCAAGGAUCAACCAGUCACGACUUAUUGUGACCAGUCUAACUGCUGAUGAGAUAGGUGUCAGACCCGAUGCCUUCCGAGAAAUGGAUAGAAUAAGAUUUGUAUUGAUCAGAACACCCGGGGGAUAUCAUUCGGAGGCAGAUUAUAUCGUGUCUGUGAAUGCUCCACCAUAUGGUGGCUCAUGUUCUAUAACUCCUAAUACAGGUAUUGCAGUUAAGACUAAGUUUACUAUAGCUUGUACAAACUGGUUUGAUGAAGGAGACAGAUAUAUACAAAACAGAGCAGAAGAUGGAAAGGAAUUAUUGACAUAUUCUAUCUAUCAUAUGAGAAACACCACAUCUGGUAUAGUAGAAUCUUUGUUGUCAAAGACGGAAGGCAGCAGUAUUAUUACAACGUUAGCAGUAGGAGAUCCAGAAAAUAAUUUUUAUAGCAUCAUAAGGGUUAAUAUCAUAGAUUUCUACAACGGUUUCACAAGAGUGGAUUUACAAGUAACGGUUAAUAAUGUCAUUAACACUGAAAGAUCUACACAAUCAAAUACAGAACUGAUUAAGACUAUUAACGAACUAGUAAAUGACGGUAUGGUUAACGCACGAAUCAGUAAUGAUCCUAAGCAGGUCAUUUAUCAGGCUUCAAUUAUCGUGGCUUCUAUUGCAUUAAUACCAAUUCAACCAGAGACGUUUAAUACCACGGACAACCCGUUAGAAUGGGUUUCUGGAUUAUUGGAAGCCACAAAGAAUGGAACGAAACCAUAUGACGAUAUACUGCAUGAUCUACUAAAAUAUUAUCAAGAUCCUGUUAAGGCGGUUAUUGUACAGGCUGUUGAGAAUUUGACAAAAGAAAUGGAAGCCAAGUUAAUGUCGGAUGACUCAACUUUUCAUAUGACAGAAAUGGCCACCAAUGCAUUCGGCACUGCACUUAAAAACAAUAAACUAGUUAAUAACUUUGCCGGGAUUUCAGGAUCCAAUGCACUAAUAAAUCUUGCUUCACGUUUCAAAAACGCAAGUGAAACUGCAUUAUUAAGUGAUGGUUUGUUCGAUAGCUCAGACCUUCAUUUAGACUCAACAUCAACUGCUAUUGUGACAUUAGUGUCUGCUGUUGUUGGAUCAACACUGACAUCAAAUUUUCCGGAAAAUAGUUUGCCAUUGUUAUCUGCAACAACUGCUGAUGCAAGAAAACAAGUAGACUUUUAUGCAAAGAUGUACAAAGACGAUGCUUAUAGUACAAUGGAAGAUGGCGAAUUAAGUCCAGAGGAGCGCACUGGACUAUACUUAUUGAGGGCGAGAAUUUCCCAGGCCGAGUUUGAGGAAAAACAAAUAUUGGCAUCAUUAGCAGAUGUAUCAAUAGACACAGCGUUGCACGUUAUCAAUGACCAGGGAUUGAAUAUGAUAUGUAAAGGCUGUCAAACAACCUUCAACACAAAACAUGUAAAUCUUCACAUAUUUAAAGCAAGACGUCAAGAGAGAUCCUUAAGUGAAGUACCAAAUGGUAUACUCCAGAAUUCGACAAUUCCUGUGAGGCUAGGCGAUAUGAAUGACAUAACUUCACUUGGAAUUGCAGAUUUCCCACAGAAUGUGUAUAUAGCCGGUAGUUCAGACACAGCUUUAGUUACGUCAAAUGUCCAUAAAUUGUUUCUAAAAGAUAAAAAUUAUAAAACUUGUAUUCCGGCCAAUUUAAUGGUUGCAAUUAACCAAACUACUCGAGCUUUGCAAUUUUCUCAGAUCUUACCUGUAUACACAGAAGGGGAUGCUUCUAAUCUCUUUUACCACUCAUUUUUUUAUCGUGACAAUGGAGACUAUGUGUGUGUGUCAGUUCUUCCAGUACAGGGCGUUCCAGAUUAUGUUACGUCAUAUGACGUCUAUGUAAAAUUCGAUACCCAGCCAACUCACUUAAGUUAUGACGCAAAAGGAAGAACAUCACCUGACAAUGACAGAAAGAUAUGCUUCCCUCCUCAAUUGUUUUCUUCAACGGGAGAGAUGCAUGUAGCCCUGCAUGAAAAUAGUAAAGUGGUUUUUGGGUCCCUUGGUUAUGUAUGGGAACCAAUAACCGGAAGAUAUACUAAUGGAUCAUAUAACAUAUCAGCACCAGAACUAAUGCCGUAUAAUUUGCAUAUAGUGACAUCAAAUUGUAAAGAGUGGAAUCCCAAAAGACAAUCAUGGGUUUCAGUCAACUGUGAGAUGAAUUGGUUUCCAAGGCAAGAUAUCAUAGAAUGUAAAUGUUGUCCAGCUUUUGGUUUAACAUUUGGUAACACUUUUUAUGUGGCGCCAAAUACGAUCGACUUCUCUACAGUGUUCUUACGGUUUGAUAUAACCAAUCAAGGUCCUGUGAUCGGGACUCUUAUAACGAUAUUAGUGAUUUACGUUCUGCUUCUUAUCUGGGCGAGACAUCAAGACAAGAGAGAUAUUGUAAAGUGGGGAGUAACACCAUUAAUUGACAACUUCGUUGACGACACAUAUUAUUACCUAGUAACAGUUUAUACAGGAAUGAGACGAGGGGCAGGUACUAAGUCCAAGAUAGGAUUUAUAGUUCAUGGAAAAGAUGGAGAUACAGGAAUACGGGAAUUAUCUGAUGGCGUCAGAUCGGAAAUACCAACUGCAAGUGUUGUACAUUUCCUGAUGUCAACACCAUAUCCGCUAGGAGACUUAAGCUAUGUUUACAUAUGGCACGAUAACUCAGGUGAAAGCGAUUCUUCAUCAUGGUAUUUAACUCGUGUUGAUGUAGAAGACAUACAAAAGAGGGAAAGGUUUAUUUUCCUAUGUGGUAAAUGGCUAUGCUUAGAUACAGUUGAAAGCAGUGUAGAUGCUGUCCUUCCAGUUUGUGGAAAAGAAAAUGUUACGACGUUCUCAAAUAUGUUUACUCUUAAUAUAAAAGAAAACUUAGCUGAUAACCAUAUGUGGAUUUCAAUAUUCUUCCGGCCGACAAGCAGCCAUUAUACAAGAUGUCAGAGACUAACAUGCUUCCUUUUAUUUGUUUUUUUAACAAUGAUAGGAAAUGCAAUAUAUUUUCGUGACGAAGACGAGUACUCAAAUGCUGGAUCAGAUAUUCAUGUUGGUCCCUUUUCAUUAUCAUUGACAGCAACUUACAUUGCAUUCAUAUCUGCUCUAAUUUCAACACCUACCACCGUAUUAGUAAUUUUGAUGUUCAGUAAAAGUAAACACAGGAAAAAUAAUACUGAUACUAAAGAUACUUCACGAAAAUAUAGAAUACCGGUAUUGGAUUUUUGGUUGGAUAGCUUAAUGGCAGAUAGUCGUAAAUUAGAGAAAGCUCUCGUUUCAAAGGGACUUUUCAACACUGAAAGUACUAUUUUUCCAUAUUGGUUUCAAUAUAUAGCAUGGAUUUUGGCACUAUCAGGAAUAGGAGCAUGUUCCGUCUUCUUGGCUCUUUAUAGCGUCGAAUGGGGGAACAAUAAGUCUGAGAAAUGGCUGGGACAGUUUUUCCUGUCUUUUUCUAGCUCGAUCUUUCUACUGGAUCCAUUAAAAAUCAUAGUUAUGUCUGCAGUAUUUGCAAUGGUAGUAAAGCAAAUCAACAAGUUCAGACCUACAGGACUAGAAAGAUCAUUCAUUCUCAAGAACUACAGGCACACUUUCGGAUGCGAAAUAAGUAAGUAA